GCCGUCUUACUGGUACUCACGAGCCGAGGUGAAGAAAAGACGUCUGAUUUACUGGAGAGAGUUUAAGUUAACGAAUUUUCAUGUAAUACUAUAACUAAUAGUUUUUAGUCGGAUGUCUCAGUAGCGAUUCCCAGCCGUUAAUGAGAUUUGCCAGUUUUUGGGUCCUGUUGGGUGAGUAAGAUACACAUGUGCAUUUGGCACUAAUGAAAGUGUUUGGAUUCAAAAGGUCAAAUUAAAAAAAAAAAAAAACUACAUCAUUUUUUGCUGUGUGAUGUUUCUUCAAAUGAAGUUGCUUCUUACAUAAAUGACACUUUUUAUUGUAAGUCAAUCAGAUUUGUCGAUAUUGAGUGACUUGAAAGAAUUGAGGAAAUAUUGGGUAGCAUUGCUUUGGAAUACAUUUUAUGUAAUUUCGGUGAGGCAAGAUAGCCUAUAUUGUUUGUAGUACCGUAACUUGGCGUCAUUUUGAUAUCAAUACUUUUAAUCGCAGGCCUGGAUUUUGGCAGUCUGAAUGAAUGAGUUAUAGACGGGGUAUGUCUUGUAUGUGGAAAACGUGUUUUUUAUGAGAUGCCAUUUACAGGCCAUAGGAUAAGAGUGGAGACAAAAUGAAAAUAGCAAUUGAGAGCUAAGAGAUUACAGAUUUGAAUAGAUUUUUUAAAUAUAUAUUUAUUUAUCAACAAACCAAGAAGUGGGUUUAUUUGGAACACCCAGGGGCUUAGGGUACUUUAGGUACCCAUUAAGCCCAUGCCAGACUUUUGACAUAUUUUGACAAAUUAAACAAUAAAAAUAUUAGAAAUGGGUAUAAAUGAAUUAUUGACACGUCAAAUGAGAGAUUAGACUUUCAUUUUAACUAAAAUGUUCUCACUUAAAUUGGGGCAGUAUAUAUUAAAAAUGUCUGAAAAGCGGAUUUGGUGGGCUUAAUAGGGACGUUUAGCCUAAAGGUCGUUUAAGUAGAUAAGUGAAAUUUCAAAAGUGGCUAUAGAAAAUGGGCAGGAUGCGAAUUGACUUGAGAAAGGGGGAUUUGAAGAACUUGCAGGUCUCUGCAGGUUCUGGAUCGAGGAUACAUCGUAUUAAAAGAUGAUGUCUGCACAUUGCUCAAUGCUCCCAAGAAAAUGUGUCAUCCCAGCCAGGGAUGCUACUUCAACUUUUUGGAGUUAUCUGCAUUAUUAAUACAUAAUAAUGCAUGAUGUCAGUGGGCCAUUUAUUAUAUGUAUGCACAUAGCCUACCGCUAGAAAAAACAAAAACAAUUUAUCAACCUUACCCAUGUAAACCUAUUUACAAUGUGAGUGACAACGUAUAGGCUGCCCAGCUUGUCUGCUUAUUCAUACCGCAUUUUGUAGAAUGUAGCGUUAAACCUAGUAGCCUAACUUGACUAGUGCUGUCCUUGUGCCGAGCGGGACUGAAUUUGACGGGAAACGUGCAUUUUUACCUUUAAUCUCUACCUUCAAAAAAAACUAUUUGCUUUACCCCAGAUAUAAUGGGACACGUGUCAUCCAAAAAGUUCCAAUUUGACUCAUCUGUCCAUAGAACAUUAUCCCAAAAUGUCUGGGGACCAUGCGGGUUCUUUUUUUUUGCAAAUAUGAGAUAAGCAUUGAUAUUUCUCUUGGUUAGCAGUGGUUUCCACCUUGUUGCUUUCCCAUGAAUUCCAUUUUUACCGAGUCUCUUUCUUAUUGUGGAGUCGUGAACACUGAUCGAAGCUGAGGGGAGUUCUUUGGAUGUUCUUCUGGGAUCUUUUCUGACUUCCUGGAUGAGUUUUCCUUGGAGAAAUUUUGGCAGACUGGCCACUCAUGGGAAGAUUCACCACUGUUCCAAGUGUUCCCCAUUUGGUGAUAGUGGCUUACCAGACUGAUCCCAGCUGGCAGUAUUUCCAGUCUACUCUGUCCGCAUGUUUGUGAGCUUUGGCCAUUCCCUCACUCUUCCCUGCCAUGGAGCCCCCAGCAGGGAUGUGGAGUGGCGGUUUCAGCAGUAUAAGCUUCCUGACAACCUGCUUGUGGCCGAACUCCACACCGGAGCCUUUUCUUCUGGAGACGGCUUCCGGGGACGCGUGGAGUCCUUCCACCUAACAGAGCCGGGAAACUACAGCCUCACCCUCAGUCCCGUAGUGUACAGUGACCUCGGCAUUUACAAAUGCCAGUACAAGGAUGAGACUGAGAUCCCUCUUUCAGAUGUGAAACUAGAAAUUAGAGUCCCAUCAAAUGUUUCCAUAGCGAUGGGAAUGUCUGCCAGUCUUCCUUGCUUUGGGAAAAUUAACACACAAGCACCGACUGAUGAUCUGGAUAUCCUCUGGAAGAGAGGCAGAGAGAACGUUUACCAGCUCCAUAAGAACACCAUCACAUAUGGGCCCAGGUUCGAGAACAGAACUUCACUUUCCCCAGAACAAGCCCUCUAUGGAAACAUGUCUUUAACCAUCAGACAGGCACGGUUUUCAGAUGCAGGCGACUACCAGUGCUUCUACAGUAGUCCAAAAGAGAGUGGGAAUCCAGAUUAUGCCAGUCUCUUUGUUACAGGCCACCCAACCCAGAACCUUACAGUGAAGGCCGGUGGUUUGCUCUCCAUACCGCUCUAUGCCGCAGACCCAGUGAGGGUAACAUUCAGUGCAGGCCUUGGUUCAGAUGAGGUGCUGAUAUUCAAUGCAAAUAAAGGCCCAGCCAGGUAUGGGGAGCGUUGUGCUCAGAGAUGUGUGCUUCUGGCCCAGAACUACACCCUUUUGCUGAGGAGUGCGACACUGGAGGAUGCCGGAGUCUACAAGGUGACCGAUCCAGAGACUAAGAAGACUAUCGGCUCAGUCUCUCUGCACAUCUCAGCUCCUCCUCUCUCUGCUGGAGCAAUGGCUGGGAUAGUGCUGGGAGUGCUGGUGGUGGUGCUGCUGGUGUUGGGGGCCUUUGCUUUCUGGAAGUACUGCAAAGAACAAAAGUGAGCAGAGCCUGUAGUCCGUUACCAAGCAGCCAGUCCUGAAGAUCAGAACAUAUCCAACAGCAGAGCAGCAGACCCAGCCCGAGACCCAGACCGCUCUCCCUGAACUCCGUCUCCCCGUGUCCGAAUCGGAUCCUUCUCCCACCAGUCCCCAUCUCCUCGUGUCCGAAUCGGAUCCUUCUCCCACCAGUCCCCAUCUCCUCGUGUCCGAAUCAGAUCCUUCUGCCAAUGAACAGAGUGGUCAGACCUGAUUGAAAUGCGGGAGAAAAAGUCUUAGAGUGUGGAACUGCUAUGACAAUGUGCUGUACCUGCAGGUGAAUCUGCUAGUAUGAAUUUUAUUGGAUCUGACCAAACACGGAGAGGGACAGAGUGGAAGGGACAGACUUUUGACGCCCCUUCACCAAAAUUUCUAUUGGUAUUGAGUUUGUAGUGAGCAUACACACAUGCACACACAGACACAGGCCCCCCUCAGUACUGUGGUGGAAAUUACUUUAAUUUCCCCCGGUUGGUAAGAAGAGUCCAACAGACGUACACUCAGUUCAGAUACCUUUAUUCGGGCGAAUAGGAGAAUCCACACAGCGCCACAACACGUCUGUAUGAAAGCUCUCAGAACAGGUGAAAAGCCAUUCAUUUUAUACAAUUAAAAGUAGGUGAAAGGCGGGUUCUGGAAUUUUCGCAAAACCUGUCUGUUUCAAACUGUUUUGCAUCUUGUCUCUGAUUGGUUAAAAACAUUGAAUUUCUGAGAUACAGACUUGUUUUGACGUUCUGACUUCUUCAAGGCUAUCAUGUCACAGUGACUAAAACAAUGGAGAAAUACAGAGACAUUUUCUGGGGAAAAUAGGAACACGCACGGGAGGGGCUAUGCAUUCCCAAUAAUUCUCAGUUAGACAGAAAAGAAAUUGAAAAUGAUUUCUUAAGGUCAUAUAAAAGCAAGUAAAUAUGUAAACAGUAAUUUCUCAUUUUUCCCUUACACUAAAUUCACAGACCUCCCAUUUUUAAUUGUGAUCCUCCACUUUCGCCUGUCUAGACAAAAAAUGCAAAAAAAGAUACCUCGGUACCAAAAUAGAAAUCCCAGGUGUAAAAGCCAAACUCUCCCUCUGACACACCUCAUCCAAUAAAUAAAAAGCCAACCUGGCACAGUUUGAGAGGAGGAGAAUGAAAUUUACUAGUUCAUUUUACAGUUUUUCUCAAUUGUUUAAACACGUUUUCUGAAACUAUAGCUCAGUUUCUCAAAACUCUACACACAAAGCACAGCAACAGUUAACCUUUUGCCAAAACUACAAAAAUCUCUUGCAAAAUGCAUUCAUGCAUUCAAAACCAUGUUCUCUCUUCUCAAAACUGACUUUUUCCAUCAAAAUGAUUCACACAGGCCUCAUAUGAAUAGGUCUUAUUGAGCAUUGAUUUCACACUGGUGCGAUAAAUUUAAAAACACAACCAUCAAAAUACUGCAUAUAUGUUUUGGCCUCAUGAGGUCAUGUUACAUAUUCAAGUUAUAAAAUUCUGUAAAAAUUGCUUAUUUUUUCUCCUUUUUUGAAGUUUUAGUUUUCUUUUUGAGGGGUCCCAAAAUAGGCUGCAAUUUUACAGUAAAUAUAAAGACUGUUGCCAUGAUACAAUACAGUAAAUAUAUCAUCAUAUAAAUAGUGCAUUUGCUAGGUAAACCUAAUUCUAAUUCAGUACAGUACAGCAAAGUGUGUGAACUGUUAUCACUUUGAUUGUUGUUGUUAUUGUAUAUGAUACAAUGCACAUUUACUGUAUUGUCCUGCCAAUGAGGUCCAGUUGGGCUGCACUCACAACCCAGGUUCCAUCAUGAGUCAUACUGAACAUUGUUAGAAGUGUUUUUUUCAUUUUCCUUAUCAGUGCAAUUAUGAGUUUUGCCAAAAUAGAUAAUAUUUGUGUCUUCUCAAAACUAGAACAUGCUUAGACUGGUCAAUGGAUGUAAUGAUCUGUUAUCAUAUAUGAAAUCAAGUAGCUCGUCUCCCUCUUCUUCGUCCACCUCGUACAUGUCCACCUCCUCCUCUACCUCUACCUCUCUGUGCUGCGUGUUGCUCCAUUGUUCCAACACAAUGGAGGUCACCUGAGGUCUCUUUUAUGCUCUGACAGAUAAUUGAAAAGUUUAGCCAAUUGAGUUUGAGCAGGUGUGGCAUGAGUGAGACCAAUUGGUACGUAGAGUUUGGCAUUUGAAGGCCAGUGUUUUCCAUGUGAACAAACAAGGCUUGAUUAUGAAAAUUGUGCUAAAUUAUGAUAUUUUGUGUGUAGAGUUGUGCAAAAAUGUAGGACACUGCCAUUGUACCCUUGAGCAAGGUACUUAACCUGCAUUGCUCCAGUAUAUAUCCAGCUGUUUAACUGGAUACAGUGUAAGUCGCUCUGGAUAAGAGUGCCUGCUAAAUGCGUGUAGUGAGUAGGGAGGAAGCUGAAGGGAUAAUUAAAGCUGCAGUAAGGAGGAGGGGGCAGGAAGAGUGGAACAGGGAGAGCAGGGGUCGACACCUUUAUGCAAUACAGGGACAGGUGGGGAAGGGGAGGAUGUCUGGAAGGGAUAGGAAGGAAGAAUCCAUGAUAUCCAGGAUGAGGUUGGGGCGUACGGGACUGAAUGGGACACUGAAAAUUAUGGGUAAGCAGGCUGUGUGAUCACCACCAGGCGUAGGAAUCAGUGACCCAUGUUUUGGAGGAAUGUGAUAAGUAUGUACGAGAGAGGCUAUGUAAUGCCCUGAGGGAACAUGGCAUUCAAAAUUUUAAACUGGGAGCACCGUUGAAGAUGUCAUUGGGAAAUGUGGUGUACAGACAUCUGUUUUGCUUCCUUAGGGAAAUGGCAUUAGUUAGGAGGGUGUAGAAUCAGUUAUUUAUGUUAUAGUGUAGUUGCUUUUCUGUUAAGAUACUGAUUGCAAGUCUAGUUAAGUUUAGGUAUAUUUAUUCUAUUUGUUUAUUUCUUUCUUUCUUUGAGUAGGAUAUGGUGUCAUUUUGGAAAUAUUUAUUUAUAUAUUGUUAUCAAUAAUAUAACAACCUUGCUGGAGUGUGACCCAAAGACAGCUGUUAAUAAUAAUAAUAAUGAUAAUAAUAUUAUUAUUAUUAUUAUUAUUAUUAACAACAACAACAACAGCAAUAAUAAUAAUAACGAUGAUAAUAAUUCUAAUAAUAACAAUAAUAAUAAACUGAAGUUUAAAAAAAUGAUAAUAGCAUAUAAAUAAAUCAACUUUCCCCAAAACGACAUCAUAUCCUACUCAAAGAAAGAAAAGAAACAAACAAAUAGAAUAAAUAAACCCAAACUCAGCAUGUAAAACCGGAAAAAGCUGCAAAGAAGAAUAAAAAAAUAAGGGAACCGAAAACUUAGCUUUAAGGGCAUUUAAGAAUAUGUAAAUACCGUGAAAUAAGCGACCGUUAGACCAGAGAGACACCUGUGACAUCUGUCUAGAAAUAUCUUUGGUUAGACGGCAGAUUCUUCGGAAAUCGUUCAAAAUAAAAGUCUCCCUGCGCGAAAGCGAGAAACGCGCAUCUCAAAGUUUAUUUUCAAAACUAUAAAUUUUCAAAAAAGAAAUACUCCUUCGUUAUAAUUAUAAUGCCAAUUACGUUUCUGGAGUAACGAUUACAUGUAAAGACUAUGUAUUUUUAUAGGCUAAAGCUUUUUUAAAAUUUCUACUAUGUUGAUUCUUAGCAGUGCAGUAAGUCUAAAUAUGAAAUGAAUAGGUCAUGUUACCACUGAGGUGUGUCAUGUUCUGUGGUUUGUCUGUGUUUCCCUUUUUUGGGCCGCCAGAUGUUCUGUUCUUUUACCCCGUUUAAUUGUAUUAUGGUUUUCAAAUAUUCUAUUGUAUUUUGGGUUGUCUCGUUUUCCCUUCCCUCUCUGUGGCCUGAUUGUUCAUUGUGCCCUCCUGUGUCUCGUCACUGUCGUGUCUAUUUAAGUUCCCUUCUCCCUGACUCAGGUGCUGGAUCCUUUUUUGUGUGUGCGUUACGGAUUAUCUUUCGGUAUGUGCUCCCUCGUGACCCUGUGUUUUGCCCCCUGUGUUUUCCACCCUGCCCGUGCUCCGUUUUUGCAUUGUUUUUGGAUUUCUGGAUUUUCUUUGUUUUUGCGCUUUACUAACUUCACUUUGUCUUUUGAAUCUUCCCCUGAGCGGCUUUGUUUUUGUUCUCUUGUUUUUGUACUCAUUAAAAGCAACAUUCUUGGUUUAGCGUUCA